UUAAUAGAGCAAUUAAUAAUAUUAUGGUUUCCCAGCCUGCCAAUUCUACUCUUGCGACCUACUAGCAUCGGACCUGCUAUUACUCAAUCCUAUAAAAUAUACGGCCCGCAAGGAUUAUGCCCUAUCUCUAUACUCUAUAUCCGCUUAAUGCAGCCAAUAGAAGGAAAGAGAAUCCGGUACGCACCAACCUAUAGUAGUAAUAUCCUUAAUAAGAUUCGGCUGGAUUUAGUUGUGAACAUUUUGCUUCAAUACGCUUAUUUAGGUAGUUAUGGGGUAAUUCAUGCGUCUUCGUCCUAUUAUAUCCCCAAGACAUUAGAGUGA